UGUUAGUCUCUUCGUUGAUAUUCUGUUUCUUCGAACACAUUUUCUUCUUCUCCUCUUUUCUAACACUCAAAUUGAAUGCCGGGAGCAGGAGGGCGCUUCACGGCUUCAUAGAAUCCCGCCGCCAUACUUUCCCUUCAGUAUGGAAGAUGACCCAGGUGCCGCGGAGGAUGAGAGAACCAUCGAACUCUCUUCCAUCGCGGCCAUAUUUCCAGAACUUGUCGUCGAUCCCAAUGACUCCUAUGUGGCAACCCUCGAACUUGCCGUGACGCCUGUCAAACCGCUACGAAUCCUUUUCAAAGUUGCAGAAAGCGGAGCGCCGCCUGCGUUGCUAACGCCACCAACUUCAUCUGAACAAGACGAAGGCAGUCCUUCCCCAAAGCCGCCCACUCAACAACUGGUUCAACUUGAUGCACACGAGCUGUCACAUUUGCCUCCUUUGUCCCUCCGGAUAUCCCUGCCAAAAGGUUAUCCUGCGGAGAAGGCUCCUACCGUCUCGGUCUCUGUCAGUCCCCCAUGGCUGCCACGACCAGUGCUCAAGAAGUUGAGAGAUGACUGCUCGAGGCUGUGGGAAGAGCUAGGAAAAGAUCAAGUGGUUUACACAUACAUCGACCACGUUCAGCAAGAGGCGGAGAAUGCUUUUGGUCUUGCAGGAGCACCAGACUUCCAGAUCUCCAGCGAUCUCAAGCUAGCAUUGUUGGACUUCGAUCUGAAGGCUAAGCGCGAGCAAUUUGAGAAAGGGACGUUUGAUUGUGGAAUCUGUCUGGAGCCCAAGAAGGGUGUUAAUUGCCACAAGAUGUUGCAGUGCGGAGACGUGUUCUGCGCUGCGUGUCUGCAGGAUUUCUACAAGAGUUGCAUCACGGAAGGUGAUGUCGACAGUGUCAAGUGUCUUUCCCCGACUUGCGGGAAAGAUGAGACCCAGAAGAGUGGCCUUCACGGACCACCCUUAAAGAGACGGAAACACGACAGGACACUGAAUCCUAGCGAGCUGCUACAAAUCCCGAUUGAGCAAGAACUGGUUCAACGUUAUGUGCGUCUCAAACGCAAGAAGCGGCUGGAAGCAGAUCCAAACACCAUCUACUGUCCUCGACAAUGGUGUCAGGGUGCGGCACGAUCCAAGAAGCACCCCAAACCAAUUGACCCCGCUAAUGGUUUUGCGGACGACAGCUCUGAAUCAGACGAGGAGCUUCCACAGCAAACCAAGAGGAGAAAGAAAUUCGACCUUGAGGAGCUCCCGAUGUCACAGCGUCUAUCUGUCUGUGAGGAUUGCAACUACGCAUUCUGCUGCGUUUGCCGCAAAGGAUGGCACGGCGAGUUGGCUCGUUGCAGCCCACGCCGGCAAAAAGAACUUGACGAAGAGGAGGCUGCAUCCCUGGCAUACAUGCAGAAGUACUCAACACCAUGUCCGACAUGCAACGCACCCUGUCAGAAGACCAUGGGCUGCAACCACAUGAUCUGUUUCCGAUGCAAAUCCCAUUUCUGCUAUCUCUGUUCAGCUUAUCUCAUGCCCGACAACCCAUAUACCCAUUUCAACGACUUGAAAAGUUCGUGCUACAUGCGACUCUGGGUUCUCGAGGCUGGCGAUGGCGAGGGUGUCAAUAUUCAAGCGUUCCAUCAUCCCGAACUUGCCGAGUGGGAUGAGGUAGUUGACGCCGAGUCGGACUCAGAAGACGACCUACCACCAGAAAACUUCGAGGCAUUUCGUGGCGCCCGACCUUUUGCGGAUGAAGAGGAGUCCUCCGAUGACGAGGAACCCGCGCCAGACCAGCGGCGGAAUCGAAACGUCAUAGAAAUUGUCAACUUCGCCCGGCCUGGAGGCGAUCAUGCACAGCGCAUUGCUUUACCCGAGAGACCCCGACCUGCUGAUCCUCCGCCACCUGCAGUGCCGAACCCGCCCAGAGCAGCACGCCGACGGAGAGGUCAUGGUCAACAAGCCAACCGCCAGCGCGUAAUGAGGAACGAGCCGGCUCGAAUUGCAGGGGACGGGCGAGUUCCAGGUCCGCCUCGGCCUCAACUACAAGCACCAGGACGUCAGCAGGUGGGAGCGCAGAAUGCGGCAGGCCCAGUGAAUGGCCACGAGGAAGAAGUCGCCCCACCUGUCCUCCCAUAUGCCGCUCCCGGCCAGGGUAAUCACCCCGGUGGCGCGAUGCAGCCUGGUCCUGUCCGAGCAAUGGGGCUAGAACGCUUCCUCCAGCUCGCGCAGCAGGAUCAGGAGGACGAGUGGGAUAGUGAUGAGCUCGAUGAGGAUCUGGACGAGCUUGUGCUCGAGGAGCAACCGAGGAGGAAUAGAGCCGUGGAUCGGAAUUGGCGGUGACAACGAAAGUUGGACCCGAAUCUGAACCUGAAGCUGAACACGAGUUUCGCAUCUUAUCUCGCCCUGCCCGACGAUUUGUAAAGACAUAAAGAGCUGUACAGGAAGGAAGUAGAAAAGGAUCAGCAUGACUCUGAGCAAGUGCUUUGUUGAUUGAUCAACGACACUUAUGCAUGGGUGCGUACUGGUACCUGCUUUUCAGGAAACUAUUCAAUGCACAUAUAGAUCGACAUGAGCUGAAUGACCAAAUGACCGAUGAGUGGAGACAGA